UAGACAUCUUCCGGCGAAAUCGCAAAAGGAGUCAAGUCGGUACCAACCACUACGAGCUUCAAAGAAGAAGAAAAGAAGAUUUGUAAAAUAUUACCGGCGUUGAAAUUCCCGGCGGUGAACGUUCCCGGCGAGAGAUGUAUCACAGCGGUGAUACGUGUAAGAUGGAGCUUCUGAUCUAUCUGCUAAGGUGGCCACGUGGAGAUGUUUUUCUCCGUUUUAUACACGUGUUUCUUUGUUUUACUGUGUAUUUUUGUGAUUAUGUGUAUUUUCGAUUGGAUCUUAGUAUAGGAAUGUUGUUGUACCGAUUUUAUGUCCAUUGGACUUUUAAUGAAUCUUUAGUUGACAAAAAAAAAAAAAAAAAAAGUGUCAAUAGGCCCAAUAGUACAUAUUUGUAAUCUCCACCUUUCUCUCCUCCCUUUUCUAUCUAUCGGUUUGACGGCGAGUCUGUACAGCGGAGGAAGAGAUGGAACCGCCGGCCACCGCACCCAAACGCUCCUCAAGACGCCUUCUCUUUGACCGCCGUUACGGCUGGGUGGUCGACGAAUGGAAGGACCCAUCUGAGGAAGCUCUCGCCGGUGGCCGAGGAAUGUUUUGUGUUGUUCCGUUGGGAAAAACUCUGUUUCAGACCGCUUCACAUUCAGUUAACUCGGCUGUAAAAUUUCUCGAUGUCAAGUUUCAUAAAUGGGCAACGAAUCCUAUGCUUAAUCCAAAAUCUAGCCUCGUUGACAGUAGUGGAGAUUGAGGGUCAUUGGCUGAAACCUGAAAGCAAAAACUGAACCAAAUGUGUUGGAUUGACAACUAGUACAUGUGUUGUUUAGUGUUGCAUUAUACGGCUGCAGCUGAUCUUUUGUGCUUUGUUGAAAUUUGUUGCUUGUGUUCAAGAAAGACACUGUGUGAUUACAUGAAUUUCUCUUUUUGAGUAAGGAGUUAGUGGCAGAUAUAUGAUAUAAUUUCUUGUCAGUA